AUGUUCAACGGCGACAUCAAGGUCACGUCUCUUGCUGUCGUGUGUCCAUCAGAUGUACAGGAUGUCAGCAACGUGAUUCUUUUUUGCCGAAAGCAUGACCUCUCGCUCUCUGUAAAGGCGGGGGGUUACGGAACGGCUGGUUGGGCCGUUUGUGGAGAUAUCAUCAUGGACCUCCUCAGGUUCAAUCAGGUCGAAAUCGAGGCGCCUACCGCGAGUGGAGGUUUCACCAGCAUCCAAGAUAUGCCGCCUGCCGGGAGCACGGGGAAGGAUAAGGUUGCACCACUAGUAACCGACCACGAUUGGACCGGAAGACACCGGAGGGAGAACGCGAGGCAGUAUACUUGUGCUUUAGCUUCUCAAAGGGUGGAGGAUUUCCUCCAUCAGGAAGGAGAUAUUUCACUGGGGUCUAGAGGCCCUGUCAACUGCAUCAGUUCAAGUACCCCCUUUCCCUUUGCCAACCGAGGUGCUGCCCCGCAGGCCUUGAUGGAGGGCCCGGCUCCUGAUUGUAAUGCUACUGUGACUUUUGUUCAUCCCGCUUCGCCGAUAGUAUCGAGGGGUUCAUGUGCUUCCCACCUGAUAAAAGGAAGUUCUACAGCCCCUAUCCCACCACCAUCCCCCCCCGUUUCUCAUCCGGAGCCUUCCUCCGUCAUUGACGCUGAUCCUUUUGGAUAUCUCGAGGAAGGGCCCGGUAAUGAACCUGCUACUGUUCCGUCGACGUCUCAACUGGCUCAGUCGAUACCAAACUCUCUGUUCGCUAGUCCCACGUUCCUUGACUCCUCACAGAAUAUUCUCAGUUAUGCCACGCCCCUUUAUUCUCAUGCGUUCAUUACAUUCGGGGCAGGUAUGAGACAAAAGGACGUCGAUCAAUUUUCCGCCGCGAAUCCUUUGGAAGCCAUUUCGCUCGCUGGAGGACGUGGCGCUGUACCAUAUUAUGUCCCCUUUGCCGCACACCCUGUGGGGUCCGCUGUCAUGCUUCUUGGGGGCUUCGGUUUCCUCGGACGACUUCAUGGCCUUAGUAUCGACAACCUUGUGGAGGCAGAGGUAGUAUUGGCUGAUGGCCGGGUCGUGAUUGCUAGCGAGAAUGAACACCCGGAUCUUUGGUGGGCGUUGCGCGGUGCUGGUUCCGUGUUUGGCAUCGUUACUCGUUACAAAGCACUCGCUUAUCCUGUCCCUGUCGUGUUUGCUGGAAAUUUGAUCUACCGGUUCCAUCGCGCCACGGCGCCAUCUCUCAUCAAGCAUUUCCGCGAUUGCAAUUAUACUGCCAAUGUCUUACUCACGGCUGGGCCUGCUGGCCUGGAUUCUCUCGUCGUGGUUCAGAUGUGUUAUAUUGGCCCAAAGGUUAAAGGGAACGAGUUCCUUCAGGCGAUCUCCUCUUGGGAUGGUGAACGUUGCUUGCUCAAUGAGGUAGACGAGAAGACAUUCCAUCACCAGCAAGACAGCGUUGCUCAAGUCCUUCGAGGCAAAGCCGGGAAUAAGUGGUUUAUUCGAUCGACUCUGAUCUGUUCGCUUCCUGACGAAAUCAUCAAUAAGACUGUGGUACAAUUCGCAGAAACUCCAGUUGGUUGCAGCGCUAUAACCGACACCAAGGACAGCUGCCUACCAAAGAGUCAGCGGGAAGCGGCAUUCAACGUUACCGCGCUUCACCAGUGGGACAUAAACUUUAAGGAUCCCCGGUGUGUUACGUCCGCCGAAGAGGGGGCGGUAGUCCAACCGUAUUACCAGUUCCUAGGCCGCUGCGAAUCUCCGAGCCGCGUCAUUGCAUGCUUUGGAGAGAACUGGGCGAAGCUUAUUAGCGUGAAGAAAAUGUACGACCCCACUAACUUCUUUAAAAAUUCGUUCUGGCCUCUUAAUGAUAAGGGCGAACUCGUCGAGCCCAACGAACAUGAACCAGAGCAUAUCCGGAUUUGA